AUGCGCCGUGAGGAAGGAGUCAGUCUUGGCGACUCCCGGCGCGCCCAGGUCCUCCUGGUGUUUGGGGCCCCGGAGCUGGGGGAGGAGCCGGCGCCCUCACCGUGGUAACCGCAGCGUCGCAGCCGCCGCCGCCGCCCCUCCCUACCUGGCCCUGCCCGCCUCCGGACUGUCAUCACCUUCGGGGUGUGUGGGGAGCGUUCGCCCCCGUGGUUGCCCCCGGAAAUACCGUGCCGGUCUCCCGCGGAGAUCCGCCCCGGGCCCCGCCGCCGCCGCCGCCAUGCAGGGCGAAGAUGCCCGAUACCUCAAGAGGAAGGUUAAAGGAGGAAAUAUUGAUGUGCAUCCAUCAGAAAAGGCACUUAUUGUUCAAUAUGAAGUGGAAGCUACCAUUCUUGGAGAAAUGGGGGAUCCCAUGCUGGGAGAACGGAAAGAAUGUCAAAAAAUAAUUCGUCUGAAGAGUCUUAAUGCUAACACUGAUAUCAAUUCCUUGGCUCGGAAAGUGGUUGAAGAAUGUAAACUCAUUCAUCCUUCAAAACUAAAUGAGGUGGAACAGCUGUUAUACUACUUACAGAACCGGCGUGAUGCCUUGUCAGGGAAAGAAAAAAAGGAAAAAUCUAGCAAGCCUAAAGAUCCGCCUCCUUUUGAAGGAAUGGAGAUUGAUGAAGUGGCUAAUAUUAAUGAUAUAGAUGAGUACAUUGAAUUGUUGUAUGAAGAUAUUCCUGACAAGGUUCGCGGUUCUGCCUUGAUCCUGCAGCUUGCUAGGAACCCUGAUAACCUGGAAGAACUACUUCUCAAUGAAAUUGCCCUUGGUGCAUUAGCCAGAGUUCUGAGAGAAGACUGGAAACAAAGUGUAGAACUGGCUACUAACAUAAUCUAUAUUUUCUUCUGCUUUUCCAGUUUUUCUCAAUUUCAUGGACUAAUCACAUACUAUAAAAUUGGAGCUCUCUGUAUGAACAUAAUUGAUCAUGAGUUGAAGAGACAUGAAUUGUGGCAAGAGGAACUUUCUAAGAAGAAGAAAGCUGUAGAAGAAGACCCUGAAAACCAAACUAUGAAAAAAGAUUAUGAAAAAACCUAUAAGAAGUAUCAAGGUUUGGUGGUAAAGCAGGAGCAACUUUUACGAGUUGCUCUUUAUUUGCUUUUGAACCUUGCUGAGGAUACUCGGACUGAGCUAAAAAUGAGGAACAAGAACAUAGUUCAUAUGCUAGUGAAGGCACUUGAUCGAGAUAAUUUUGAACUCCUAAUUUUGGUGGUGUCUUUCCUAAAGAAGCUUAGCAUUUUUAUGGAAAACAAAAAUGAUAUGGUAGAAAUGGACAUCGUUGAAAAAUUGGUGAAAAUGGUACCUUGUGAACAUGAAGAUCUCCUCAAUAUCACCCUAAGACUUUUGUUAAAUCUGUCCUUUGACACAGGACUGAGAAACAAGAUGGUACAAGUUGGGCUGCUUCCCAAACUCACUGCACUUUUAGGAAAUGAAAAUUACAAGCAAAUAGCAAUGUGUGUUCUCUACCAUAUAAGCAUGGACGACCGAUUUAAAUCCAUGUUUGCGUAUACUGACUGUAUACCACAGCUAAUGAAAAUGCUCUUUGAAUGCUCUGAUGAACGAAUUGACCUAGAGCUCAUCUCCUUCUGCAUCAACCUUGCUGCUAACAAGAGAAAUGUACAACUUAUUUGUGAAGGAAAUGGACUGAAGAUGCUCAUGAAGAGGGCUCUCAAAUUCAAGGAUCCACUGCUGAUGAAGAUGAUUAGGAAUAUUUCACAGCAUGACGGACCAACUAAAAAUUUGUUUAUUGAUUAUGUUGGUGAUCUUGCAGCCCAGAUCUCUAAUGAUGAAGAAGAGGAAUUUGUGAUAGAAUGUUUGGGGACCCUAGCAAACCUUACUAUCCCUGACUUGGACUGGGAGCUGGUUCUCAAAGAGUACAAGUUGGCUCCAUACCUCAAGGAUAAACUUAAGCCAGGUGCUGCAGAAGAUGAUCUUGUUUUAGAAGUGGUUAUAAUGAUUGGAACUGUGUCUAUGGAUGAUUCUUGUGCUGCAUUGCUAGCCAAAUCAGGGAUCAUUCCAGCACUCAUUGAAUUGCUGAAUGCUCAACAAGAAGACGAUGAAUUUGUAUGUCAGAUAAUCUAUGUCUUCUACCAGAUGGUUUUCCACCAGGCUACUAGAGAUGUUAUCAUCAAGGAAACACAGGCUCCAGCUUAUCUUAUAGACCUAAUGCAUGACAAAAAUAAUGAGAUCCGCAAAGUCUGUGAUAAUACAUUAGAUAUCAUAGCGGAAUACGAUGAAGAGUGGGCUAAGAAAAUUCAGAGUGAGAAGUUCCGCUGGCAUAACUCUCAGUGGCUUGAGAUGGUGGAAAGCCGUCAGAUGGAUGAGAGUGAACAAUACUUAUAUGGAGAUGAUCGAAUUGAACCAUACAUCCAUGAAGCAGAUAUUCUUGAAAGACCAGACCUGUUCUACAAUUCAGAUGGAUUGAUUGCUCCUGAAGGUGCCAUGAGUCCAGAUUUCUUCAAUGAAUAUCACCUUCAGAAUGGAGACUUAGUGGGUCAGCAUUCCUUUCCUGGAAGCACUUUUCAUCCAAGGAUUUCGAAGUGCUUUACAAAUAUGCAUUAAAUAAGCAUUACAAACAGCCGAGCCUUGGAGUCGAUAAUUUUGGUCAGCCAGUUGGCAUUCUCGGACGCCCUGCCACAGCUUAUGGAUUCCGCCCUGAUGAACCGUACUACUACGGCUAUGGAUCUCGCUAAAGUCAUCCCUGCCCUGAUUCCUUUUUGAUGUGUCCUCCCAACUUGCUAGAAAACAGUAUGUGUUUAGCUUCUUUGGACCUUGGCCUGGUAAUGCAUGUUGAUACCACCGCAGGUCUGUGUGAUGUUUCCUUUUUUAUAUGUUGUUAGCUGAUGGUUAAAUCCAACUCCUUGUGUUAGUGUUGCUGGUGGUGAUAUAGUUCACACAUCAGGCUGCAUUUUGAGGUUGUACAGUAUUUGCCAUGGGACUUGAAAGUGAAUGUUAAAAAGCUACUGGACUGGAAAGUAAACAAAACAUUAUGUAUAUUAAGCAAUUAAUUUAAUUUCUAUUAAAAACAAGAAACUCACAGUGCUGAUAAACAAGCCAAAGUCAUGUGUUUGUAUUUAAUGCAUUUCCUUUGAAAUCACACGCUUAUGUAAUUUAUGUAUGAUUUUUCUUUCCUUUUCUUUCCGAGUAUGAUUUGCAGAUUCACAAAAACGGGUGAUCAUCCUUUCCUACCAUGAGUGGUCAGAAAUCACUUUCCCAAAGUUCACUACCAUGUUGUCAGGAAGUAAUGGGACAGAUUUGCAUUUUUCAGGCUCUUUUCUGUUGUUGUUACUUUUGAGGGGGGGGGGGUUGUUUUUUUAAAUAAGGCAAUGGGGGUUAAGUGACUUGCCCAGGGUCACACAGCUAGUAAGUGCCAAGUGUCUGAGGCCAUAUUUGAACCCAGGUCCUCCUGAAUCCGGGGCCAGUGCUUUAUCCACUACACCAUCUAGCUGCCCCUCUGUUAUUUUUUUUAUAUUCUUUUAAGGUUGGAACAUUUUGCCCCUCUCCAGGCCUGAAGCACCACAAUCUGAUGUAUUUUUGAGUUUAUUAAAUAUGACUAGAUGCUUUUAAGGAGAAAAAGAGGUCAUUUAUAUUCACAUGUCCCAGCCUCUUUCUUGGUAAGCAGCAAUUGGUUUGUUGGAAGCAUUUCUUGGUUUUCAAUUUUUUCCAUUUCCUUUAGUUAAAAAAGCCAGCCUAUGUAGCUUAGACUCAGUGUACCCCCUCCUUCCAGCCUAUUUCAUCUAGCUUAUGUAGCACUUGAUCAUAAGACCCACUGAACUGAAGCUAGGGAAUAUAAUCUUUAUUAUAACUUUUUAUUUACUGCCCUGUCUCUCAAGCUGGCAAUCUCAGAUUUAGAUUUGGAAAUGGGGAAGAAUUAUCAUCUGUAUGUUGAAGUAGAGCAGAACUGAACUAACAGCUGACAGUGAGCACUCAAAGGUUUGGAAAGUGCUUUCCAUGCACAGUCUCACUGGAGCCUCACAACAGGCCUAGCAGGUAGGCCCUUACAGGUGUUGUUACCCCCAUUUUAUAGAUGAGAAACUGAGGCUCAGAAAAGUGACUUGUCCAUAGCUAUAAUUAGACACUAAUACCAGUUUGGCAAACACUCCACACCUUUGAGUUCUCCAGAUGUUAGACCCUGGGGCAGACUGAGCUGGGAGACUUCAGGAAAGAUGACAAGCAUGCACCACAUCUUGUGUAUUACUGCCACCACCUUUCUUCUGCCUGGGUUCCCCUCCUUUCUGGUGUUUUACAGAAAGGAUGAAACCUACUUCUGUCUUCUCCCCUUACUCUCUUACUCCAAUCUAUCUCUGAAAUAAAUGCAAACAUCUUUGUUAAGGUUUCUAAGGAUUUUUACUUCUAUUGAUCAUGGUUUACAUUGACAAGGACCCUGUCACAAUCGCCCUGUGAUUGGCCCUGUCACAAUUGCCCUGUGAUUGCCAAGUAUUAUUAUACCAUUAUAAAAAUGAAGUCCCUGAGGCCCAAGAUAUCAAAUUUAUCCUGUCAAACCAGGCUUCAGGAAUUCAGAGCUUGACCAGCACUUACCACUAUGCAUCCAUGGAGGGAAAAACAACAAGUUUACUAAGCAAAUUAACACACUGUAAGAAUUCAGAGGGAACAUUUAAAUUCUCAGAGCCAAAGCAUGUACCUCAAGCAAGCACUUUUACCCCAUUAUUUGGGCGUGAGUGGACAGGUUUAUCUGGAGCUUGUGGGAGUCACAGCCUCUCCUCCGCCAUCUUGGCUCUGCCCCCCCCCCAAGCAAGCACUUUUAGAAACACUCUUUACAUAGAAAUAAUUUACAUGGGGGAAUGAAAUGCUGAUAAAUUACUGAUAAAGAGAAACAGAACUGUUUGCCUGAUAUUUUGCUGUUGUUUUGUCAAGGAGAAUGAAAUCUGAAUGAGAAAGAAUAGAACAAAAAUGACUAAGGGAAAGUUGAUACUCAAGAUAAGUACAGAGAUAGAAAGCAGCCUGAUGGGUUCAAGCUGCCUGGUCCAAAUGAACUACAGUCAUGAAAAGGUACCCCAUGCCCGGGCAGAUGUUUGGGCUUACAAAAAGGAGAAGAGAAUGGAGUCUGUGAACUAGAAGACAGUGAUCUUGAAUUUGAACCCUAUUCGGUCCAUUUCUAGAGCAUAUUAUCAAAGAACAGCUAGAAAAGGAAGUACCCACAAAGAAUCUACAUCGCCCCAUCAAGAACAGGUCAUGUCAAGCUAACCUUAGUCCUUUUUUUGAUCAAGGAAAUGCUGUAGAUAGAUUUUAUCAAAGAUUUUAGUAAAGUAUUUGAUAACAUCUCCUAUGAUAUCCUUUUGGAUAAGAUAUGAGCUAGAUUAAACCAUAGUUAGAUGGAUUAAAAAAUAAUUGAAUGACUGGACUCAAAAUGGUUGAUUGUCAACAUGGGAGGUCUCUAGUGGAGUACCCCAGUAAUUUUGACUAUUUAAUAUUUUAUCAGUUACUUGUACCAAGGCAUAUAUAUAUAUAUGUGUAUAUUGUAAUGAUUGGAAUGACG